AUGCAGAUCUCCACAAGGAAAAAUAGUUGUGGAGAUUUACAAAGUCGAUUAAAAGUUCGGAAAGUCUUGGGUGUAGGCGACACAGCAGGAUCCAAAAUUAGUCAAAUACUCGGCCAUUCAGACCAUUUGAUUUUUCAAUUACCGCCUAAACUCGCAACCUGGCUUCUAUUAACAACCACAUUAUUUAGUUGUUUCACUCUCAUGGGCUUUCUCUGGCCAUCAUGUUUACGUCUUAUAUUACCGGGUAGAUUUGAAUCAACAUUACAUCUCGGUACAUCUUAUGCAUUUUUGGCAACUAUGCUUGGUUUAACGCUUCGAUCGGGUGACAAGACUUCUCUGCGACUUGUUCUCUUCUCCCUUGCGCUGUUCCAUGCUCUAUCCUUUUCUAUCUCUAUAUGGUUCCUGAAGACAAGCGAUACGAGAAUGAAAUCAAUGGCAUCAAUUAUUCUUCAUUUGGGUUGUCUAUUAAUAAAUGCACAUUUCUAUCGAUCAAUAAUUCGAUCUGUUUCAUCGACUCGAUCGCAGAGUAAACUAACAACAUAUUUUCAUUCACUCUUAGCGUUUCCAUCGACAACGGACAAUAAUGGACAUGAUUCUUCUUGA